AUGACAAAAGCACAGUUUCUUGAUUUACCUAAUGAGCUAUUUCCAUUUAUUUUUCAAUAUUUAAAUUCGACAAAUUUAAUAAAAACAUUUUUCAAUGUAGAAUCUCUUCGAAUUCAAACACUCAUUCAAUCUUUUCUUUCACAUCUUGAUAUUUCUCAAGAAACUGAUCAAUGGAUUCAAACUUAUUUACCAAUAUUAUUCAAUCAAUAUAAUAUUAUUGCUCUUCGUUUACAAGAUAAACAUAUUAAUUUAAUUUUAAAAAAUUUCCUAUUAAAUAAAAUUCAAUCUAUACAUCUAUUUAGUUCAGAUUGGAAUACGGAUUUAUUAAAAGAAGGACUUAAUCAUUUUCGUCAAUGUUUAAAACAACUUUCUAUUACAUUUACAUAUCCACAUGGAAAAGGAGAUAUAGCUAGUCAUUUAUUUCAAUGUGAUUGUCAACUUGAACAUCUUAAUAUUACUGGUCGUUUUCUAUUUUUUGAUAAUAAUGAUAUUAAUACUUGUACUCGAUUAACAUAUCUUUCAAUUGGACUUGAAGGAAUGUAUAGAGUAUUCAUACUUAUUAAACAUUUACCUAAUCUUGAACAAUUAAAGGUUAAAUUUCGAAUUGAAGAACGUAUGAUUCAACCAACAUUAUAUGUUGAAAAUGUAACAUUAUGUAAAACAUUACAUCGUGUUACUUUUACAGGUUGUACAAAAUAUUUCGAAUAUUUCGAACAUUUUUUUACUACAUUUGGAUCAACAAUUAAAUAUUUAACUAUCAAUAUUGAUUUAAUGUAUAAUAUAGUCGAUGGCAAACGACUCGAACAAGAACUAUUGAGUAAAAUGCCAUGUUUAUUAUCAUUAAAUUUAAUCAUUCACUCAAUUAUACCUCAUUGGGAUCCAAUAGAAAUUGAAACAUUUCAAAAUUCAUCUUGGCAAAAUUUUAAUCCUAUUGUAUAUUGGAAUGAUAUUCACGCUCAUCAACAUACAAUUUUCACAUUACCAUAUAGAUCGAAUCGAUUCAAACAUCUUUCAAAUGAUUUUAUUUCAUCUUGUGUAUCAAAUCGAGUAGUUUCUCUUUGUUUUGAACAUGUCCGUAUACUUUCAUUGAUCUCUACAACACCAUUAACAUUAGAAAUAUUCGAAUUCAUUGAAAAAGGAUUUCCAAAUAUUAAAACACUUGAAUUAACAAAUCCAUUAAAAUCAUCAAGAUUUCAACAUGAACGUAAACGAAAUAGAAAUAUUUCUCAUAUAAGUGAUAUUUUUCUUUUAAAUAAUAGUUUACAAUUACCUUCAAUUACUAAAUUUUGUUUUCUUUUACGAUCACAAUAUGAUGAUUAUAAAAUUUUUCGUCGUUUUCUUUAUCUUUUACCUAGUUUAGUUUAUUUACAAAUGUUUAUUGGACGAUCAUUAUUUCAUGAAAUAUUAAUAUAUGAACAUGAAGAUAAUUUUAUUCGAUGUGCAUUAAAUCGUAUUAAACUUUUACAAAGAAUUCGUUUUUAUGAUGGAAAAAAUCUUUUAAGCAAUGAAGAAUUGCAUAUUCUCUUUCCAAAUGCUCAAAUACUUUUUGAUUAUGAUGAUCUUUACGCAAUUGAUCUUUUAAAAAUAUUUUCCGAUUUUAAAUCAUAUCGACUUCAAACUCUCAUUCAACCAUUUAUUUCACGAUUAGAUGUUUCACAAGAAUCCGAUGAAUGGAUUGAAAAUUAUUUAUCAAAUGUCUUGACUAAAUAUAAAAUUAUUGCUCUUCGUCUACAAAUGAAUCAUUUGGUUAUGAUACCAGAACAUUUAUUAUCAAUUAAUAUUCAAUCUAUGGAAGUGAUUAACUGGGAUGUUCUAACUGAUUUUUCAAAAAAAACCAUGAUUUAUCUUCGUCAAAAUUUACAAAAGUUAUCACUUGUACAGCCUAAUGACAAUGAAUCUAGUGAUCUACCCGAUCUAUUGUUUCGAUCUGAUUCUCAAUUGAAACAUCUUAUCAUAAAAGAUUGUACUCUAUAUUUUUUUAAUGAUGAUAUUGAAAUUUGUACUCGAUUAACACGUCUUUCAAUUGAAUUAGAAGGAAUGAAUCCAUUAUUUAUACUUAUUCAACAUUUACCCAAUCUUCAAAAAUUGAAAGUAAAAAUUCAAAGUCAAGAAUGUAUUGUUCAAACAGCACCCAAUACAAAUGGUGUAAAACCAUGUAAUAAACUUCAUUCUGUUACUUUUACAGGUUGGAUCAAAUAUUUUGAUCAUUUGGAAAGUUUCUUUGAUACAUUUGGAUCAACAAUUGAAUAUCUUUCACUAAAUAUUGAUUCUCAAUAUCAUUUAUUCGAUGGUAAACGACUUGAACAUGGAAUACUUGACAAAAUGCCUCGUUUAUCAUCACUUGAUCUAAUUAUUUUUUCAUCAUUAGUGGAUAAUGAUCCAAUAGAAAUCGAAACAUUUCAAAGUUUCACUUGGCAAAACUUUAAUCCAAUUGUAUAUUGGAAUGAUGUUCGUGCUCAACAACAUACGCUUUUUACAUUACCAUACAAAUCUGAUAAAUUUGAAUAUUUUUCAAAUGAUUUCGUUUCAAAUUGUGUAUCAAAUCAAUCAGUUUCAAUAUGUUUUAAACGUGUUCGUACGCUCUCACUCAUUGCUACAACACCAUUAAAUCUAGAAACAUUUCUAUUUAUUGAAAAAAUUUUUCCAAAUAUAACAACGAUUAAAUUAACACAUUGGAUUAUUAGUUCUUUAGAUGAAAAUGAAAAUGAAGAAGAUAGAAAUGUUACAAUUAUGAGUGAAGAUCUUCUUUUAGAUAAUAGUUUACAAUUACCAACUGUUACAAAAUUCUGCAUAUCUUUAUGGUUUCCAUUUAAUGAUUAUAAAAUUUUUCGUCGUUUUAUUCAAAUAUUUCCAAAUUUAAUUUGUCUCGAACUCGAUAUUGAACCAUCACUUCUACAUGAUAUUUUGAAAUAUGAACAUGAAGAUAAAUUUGUCAAAACUAUAUUAGCUCGUAUCGAACAAUUGAAUAUUACUUAUAUGGAUGAAAAAAAUACAUUGACUGAUGCUGAAAUUUAUUAUCUCUUUCCGAACGUCAAGAAUCUUGUCAAACAAAAUUGUUAUGAUUCAGGAUGA